CGCCGCCGCAGUAGCCAGGCCCGAGCCUCUGGGAAGGAAGCGGGUUUGGGAGCGCGAGCGUCUGAGGCGUUCUGGGCCGACCCGGCAGCUGGUUGGUGCUUGGACCUCGCUGCGGGUGCAGGUCCCUCCACGUGCUUUCGGCCCCGCCAUGGAGCUGGAGGAAUCGGGGGUUCGCGAGGAGUGUGGCGUGUUCGGGUGCAUCGCUUCUGGAGAGUGGCCCACGCAGCUAGAUGUGCCGCAUGUGAUCACUCUGGGGCUCGUGGGGCUGCAGCACCGGGGUCAGGAGAGUGCUGGUAUUGUGACCAGUGAUGGGAGUUCAGUGCCCGCAUUCAAAGUGCAUAAGGGAAUGGGUCUUGUAAAUCAUGUUUUUACUGAAGACAAUUUGAAGAAAUUAUAUGUCUCAAAUCUUGGAAUUGGACAUACAAGGUAUGCCACUACAGGAAAGUGUGAAUUAGAAAAUUGUCAACCCUUUGUUGUUGAAACACUUCAUGGAAAAAUAGCUGUGGCACAUAAUGGUGAAUUGAUAAAUGCUGCUCGAUUGAGGAAAAAGCUUCUGCGUCAUGGCAUCGGUCUGUCAACAAGCUCUGACAGUGAAAUGAUUACGCAGUUACUGGCAUAUACCCCUCCACAGGAACAAGAUGACACUCCAGACUGGGUAGCAAGGAUUAAAAACUUAAUGAAAGAAGCACCGACAGCAUAUUCCCUGCUCAUAAUGCACAGAGACGUUAUUUAUGCAGUACGAGAUCCUUAUGGGAAUCGUCCGCUAUGCAUUGGUCGUCUUAUUCCAGUUUCUGAUAUAAAUGACAAAGAAAAGAAAACAUCAGAAACUGAAGGAUGGGUAGUAUCCUCAGAAUCUUGUAGCUUUUUAUCAAUUGGUGCCAGAUAUUACCGUGAAGUUUUGCCUGGGGAAAUUGUGGAAAUAUCCAGACAUCAUGUCCGAACACUUGAUACUAUAUCAAGGUCUGAAGGGAGCCCUGUUGCUUUUUGUAUCUUUGAAUAUGUCUAUUUUGCAAGACCAGAUAGUAUGUUUGAAGACCAAAUGGUUUAUACAGUAAGAUACCGUUGUGGUCAGCAGCUGGCGAUUGAAGCACCUGUGGAUGCAGAUUUGGUUAGCACUGUUCCAGAAUCUGCCACACCUGCUGCUCUUGGUUAUGCAGGAAAGUGUGGACUUCCAUAUGUGGAGGUGCUGUGUAAAAACCGCUAUGUAGGAAGAACCUUCAUUCAGCCGAACAUGAGGUUAAGACAACUUGGUGUGGCAAAAAAAUUUGGAGUUUUGUCAGACAACUUUAAAGGCAAAAGAAUUGUUCUAAUUGAUGAUUCAAUUGUCAGAGGUAAUACCAUCUCACCCAUAAUAAAAUUGCUCAAAGAAUCUGGUGCAAAAGAGGUGCACAUUCGAGUAGCCUCACCACCAAUUAGGUAUCCAUGCUUCAUGGGAAUAAACAUUCCCACUAAAGAAGAGCUGAUUGCCAAUAAACCAGAAUUUGAUCGACUUGCAGAAUACCUAGGAGCAAACAGUGUUGUGUAUCUGUCAGUAGAAGGACUAGUUUCAUCUGUACAAGAAGAGAUAAAAUUCAAGAAUCAGAAAGUGAAAAAGCAUGACAUUCUGAUUCAAGAAAAUGGAAAUGGUCUGGAAUCUUUUGAAAAGACCGGUCAUUGUACAGCCUGUCUCACUGGAGAAUAUCCUGUAGAACUGGAAUGGUAGCGGGUAGAGACAGAUUUAUUGCUUCAAGAGAGAAUGCUGGUCAAGAAGUGGUUAUUCAUUAUCUAUUUGCUCAGCUGGUACAAAAUAAAAUGCCACAUGCUUAUGUUUACCUUUUUAAGUUUUGAGACUUUUUGAUGAAAGGGUACCAAAGUGCUAUAAUUGGACCUUGCUUAUUGCAUAUAAUACAACAUGUGGGAUUCUUUUAUAUGUGUAAGCAUUGGCUCACCGUUUUCACCUGCUCAGAGAACACAAGCAGUAAGUGGUAUUUGCCAAGACCAUGCCUAAAGGGUUUUCAAGAGGUUAAAGUAAGAUAGGAGGUGUAAUGCAAACAGGACAGUUGAAUUAAAUAGAACAUUUCUUGUGAAGUUGGAAUUUAUUCUUCCCCAUAGGUGUAUAGCCUCCAUAGUUCUGCCUAUGGUUAUCAUCUUGGCUUCCAUGUCUAACCUUAGACAACUCAUU